GUGACCUUGUGAUUAACGUUACGUACAAUUCCAUAUUUAUGAUUGGUUUCUAUUAGUCAUUUUGAUUUAAGAAACGUUUGUUUUUUAAUUCAAAAAUUUGUAGAGAAAAUAUCUAUUAUAUAUUUUUCAUAACUUUCAAAUAGUGAAAAAUAACGUGAAAUUAUGGAAACAUUUCUUACUGCUUCGAAAUCAGCUCUAACAAAAUUAUCUGAAUAUUCUACGAUUCGUAUCGUUCUUGGAAAUCAAUCUUGCGAUUUGGAUUCGGCAGUUUGUGCUUUAGCACAAGGAUUCUGCGAAUAUUUAAAUGGAAAGAAAAAAAAUAAAGAAAAUGUUGCAGUAAUACCGAUAUUAAACGUUACCAAGAAAGAGUUUCGAAUUAAGACCGAAGUUAUUUAUUAUUUCCGCCAACAUGGAAUUUCAUACGAACUUCUAACGUUUAGAGAUGAAAUAGAUUUGAACAUUUUAAAAGAAAAUGACAAAAAAAUAGAAGUCGUACUCGUGGAUCAUCACGUCCUGGGGAACGAAGACAUGACGUUGGUCAACUCGGUCGUUGAGAUUAUCGAUCACCAUCCUCAGGACGCAUCUUGGCCCUGGCACGGGAAAACGAUUCACUUAGACCUGGUCGGCAGCUGCGCCACUCUAGUCGCGCACAACCUUCUCAUCAAACAUCCCGAAGCCGUCGACGCGUGGCUGGCAAACUUCUUACGAGGUCCCAUAUUAUUGGAUACUUGCAAGUUCUUGAAAGAAGCAAACCGAACUACACCACUUGAUCGCGAAAUUAUGGAAACUCUCGAAAGAAUCUCGUCCCUUGGUCCUGAUAGAGAUCAAAUCUAUCAGGGACUACUAAUGGCAAAAACAGACAUCAGUGAAUUAACACCCGAGGAUCUCGUACUCCGAGAUUUAAAGUUCGAAAGUAACGUACCGUUUAUUGGUUUCCCGAUAUUAGUCAAGGAUUUCCUCACUUUGGAGGGUGCACUACGAGCUGUCGAGAAGUUCUUGGAAAGUAGAAAGUGUAUGCUCGCUAUCCUUAUGGGACUCGUCUUGAAAAACGACCACGUGACCAGGGACAUCGCGGUCUUUUCGUUAUUGACCAAUGGUCUGGAAAAUAAAAUAAUCAAGGCGUUGCUCGAAUCAUCUCAACCGCCGUUAGAAUUAACAUUGGAAAAACGGAUCGAAGAAGAAAAGUAUAAUGUGUUUUAUUAUAAACAAGGAAACAUUCGCGCAUCACGUAAACAAAUAUUACCGAUAGUAAGAGAAACAUUAUCAAAGAAAUGGGAUUAUUAAUGGAAGGAAAUGUAUUAUAUAUAUAUAAUAUGUAUACAUAUGAUUAAAAUAGGUAAAA